AAGAUACAAGCUCCUACAAAUGAGAUAAUAGAAUGCAUCUCAAAUUGAAUAUCAUAAGCCACUCGGCCCACGGGACCCAAUUUCCAGAAGAAAAAGAACGGUGGCGGCUUGGCCCAACGUCUUUCUUUACUCUCCCUCUCUCCCUGCUGUGCUUCCUAGCUUGAGUCUCCUCCCGCCAGUGCACUGUACACCAUCUUUUUCAACUCCGGCAACCAAUCCACUCGACGCCAGAAUUCUUUCUUGGCUAUUGAAUUUCAGUUUUCUAACAGCAGAAUUCUUUCACGAGGACCACAAGCCGAUCUGCGACGGCAGGGGGAACCCUCUUGGUGUAUGCGAUGUGUUCCUUGGCUGAUUAACGACAUUUGGCCGUGACCCUCUCCGACGUCCUCAAAUUUGAUUACCCAUUUGAGUAUCCCGAUUUGCUAGCAGGAAGGACCGGAGCCCUUUUUGGUAAGAUGCUACUGGUUCGGGUUAGUUUUGGACAGACUGAAUUUGCAUUUAUUUAAAGUCGACCUUGGAUAAAGAACCCAUUGGUAGAAGCAGCAAUGGCAUUUGAUCCAAUUUUAGAUUACUCCAAAACCCACCGAGUAGUCCUCCUUGUCGAUCUCAACCCACUUCACCAUCUCCAAAGCCCAUCUUCAUAUCUCAUUGCAAUCACUUCCACUGCCAAAAUUCUACUAUCUUUUCUGCCAUUUUCAUCCUCAACUCUCUUCUCCUUCAGAUUCUUCUUCUCCUCUCUCUCCCCUCUCCUUUCCUCCUCCAAACUCCGCAAUUUGAUUCCCAGUUGCCCUCUCUCCCUCCCCUUUGAGCACCCAACUGUGACUUUCGAUUCUCUCUCAAAUGCCAUUGAUUUAUUAUUGAAACAUCAUCAAUUUCCAUUGUGUGAGGCUUCUGAACUGAUGGCCUCACAGGCUUCAUGUCUUGCGGCAUCGAUGCGUCAACUUUUGCAUGACUAUAGUUGGAACUCUGUGAUGGAAGAUUUGGAAUCUAGUACGGCCUCUGAAAGUUUCGAUUGCUUUGGUGUUCGGAAAAAUUUGGUUGUUUUGUUUUCACCGUUUUCUGAAUUGGUUGGAUGUUUGCCUGGAUUUCUCGGAGUGGCUGUGGAUGAUGAAUGCGUUAAGGAUCAAGAUUUGUUUAGUAGAAGAUUCUAUGAGUUGUUUGAAGGUGUGAAUGCUGCAUUUUCCCAGAGGGAUAUUCAAUUUAGUUGGAUUAAUGUUAGCCACGAGUCUACCGAGAAUAGGAUAAAUAACAAUGAGCUGAAAGAGAGAUGUAGUUUUUUAAAGAGUGGUAUUAGAAAUUUAGGAUGGGGAUUUUCCUCGUCGAACUCCGUAGUUUUGGGAUCUGCUCUUCUUCCUUUUGGGUUGAUUUACCCUAAGAUAGGACUACCUUUGAGAAAUCUUGACAUUUAUAAGUUUCAGAAGAAAGUACAAGCUCGAUUGUGCCUUGAGAUUUUGGAUAGAACCGAGAAACCACUAGAAUGCAAGUUUUGCAAUCUUGAAUUGUUUGAAUGGAAGACAUUGCUUGAAAACAGAUCUGAUGAUCCUUUGCCUGUACCAGGAGGAUUGAAAAUGAGAUCAGAUGGCUAUGUGCAAAGGAAAGUAUCUUUGGAAUUGCUUGGUGAUGGUGGUGUAAAGCUAAAUGUUAAAGCUGUGCAGAAGUGUAGGGAAUUAGUGAGUUACAGGGUUCAUUUAUCUUAUCCAUUUCUUGUGCUUGAAUCUUCAGAAACACCGUUGAAGAUCAUCCAGGGAAGUAACACAAAAUUUUUUGCUGAGGAGGUUUUGGAAAUGAUGGCACUUGAACUGGAUGAGUGUAAAAUGCCAAAACCUAUUCCUUUUUUUCAGCUUCUUAUGAGUUUUCUUUAUGAGGAAGGUUAUUGGGCAUUAGUGUCUAUUUCAAAUGCCAAUGGUGGUUCACAUUUAGGAAUCUUAAAACCUUUUAUGGUUUCUUCAGCCCUUCUCUUUGUCGUUGACAAGGAAUUCUACCCUUUCAUGUUGGACCCUAAUAAUGAGGACAGGUGUUUGGAAGAAAUGGGGACUGAAGAAGGUAACAAUACUUGCAAACUUGGUGGUGAUUUGAACAAAUCAUGCAAUAUGGUUGAUUUUGAUGCUUCUCUUUCUGUUAAGUGUUCUCAAGAUGGAGAUGGUAAAAUGAAAGCAGUCAAGAAGUCUAGACAUUCAAUCCAAAACUUCACUUGGGCAGAUUUUUGCAAGGUAGCAUUUGAACACGUGAAGAUUGAUCUUGAAAAUGCUUACUUUGACAGAUACUGUAAUAGCUCAAAGAAAUUGAAAUUUUUCAAAAGCUGGGUAAAACAGGUCAGGAAAUCCUCUUUAUGUGGGCUUUGGUUACCGGAGAAGUUGCAACUAAAGCAGGGCAGUCUCAUUAAAAAAGAUGAUGGAUUAAUACAGUUGCAAGAAGAAAGUAAAGAACCAGUAACAUCAUCAGGUCAAGAAAAUUCCUUGGCUAAGGCCUCUGAAACAUUGGCUGAAGCAACCAUUGAUCACCACUUGGAGACUUCUGAUGAUUUUUUCAAUAAUCUUUCCUGUAAGAUCCAGCAAGGACUUGAAUCCGAAGUUGUUGACUUGGGUGCUUUGGCAGAGCGACUUGUGAGUUCAACUAUAUACUGGUUAAGUGAAAAGAAUGAGGUGCAGGGGGGAACAUCAGAUGAUCAACCAAAUACCAGAAAGUCUGAUUCAAGUAUCAGUUGCACAGUUGCUAGAAAACUAAAUAAACUCUUGCUGAGGGAGCCUGAAGACUUGGCUACCAAGCCCAAGAUCCAUGGCCUCCCCUUUGAGGAGAGUAGUCCAGGAUCUGCUGGACAAGCCUCAGACCACAUAGUUAGAGAACAUGAAUUGCAGAUCUUUUUUCGAAUGGAGAUUUUACGGUCGCUGAUUAGUCUCAACAUUGGUGAAUCCAUGAAGCAAAAGUUUGUCAAAGAUAUUUGUUUGCUUUUAGAGACAAUUCAAUGCCAUUUGGAGGGAGGGUUUUUUGGAGACUGGAACAUAAAAAAUUAUGUUGGAAAAAUCAUAAAAAGCAGGUACUGCCAAAGUCUAGGAGAGGUUGUGAAUAGGAUCUAUGAAAAAAUGGAUUUGUUAUUGUUUGUUGAUGAGAAUAAAUCUACCAAUCACCCUCUCUUCAGUGAGGAUAGCAAUAAUUCUUGGAGAGAUAACUUACUUAGUGAUGAAGUCGGUGACAACUAUAGCUCCAACGAUCCAGUUUCAGUAGAAAACAAAGCCCAUCAAAAUGACAAUGAAAAAUCUCCAGGGCUCAAUAAUGUCUACACUAGCAAACUGAUCAAAGCUCAAGAAAUGAGAGAAAGGGCCCGAAGAUUUGGAUCUUUUACGAGUUGGGUACCGGAUUUGCACCGUGUUUGGGCACCAAAACAAACGAAGGCAAGGAAACCUAGGAUGAAUCAUCUUAAAAAAGCAUCAAAGAGGAAGUACCCAAAUAGGGAAAGCAAUGACCUGGUUUGUGAGACCCCAGAAAAAAGUCAGUCAUUCCAAAGAGAUAACCGAGAUGGUGAUGGAAAUCAGUCAUGUCGUUCUGUUUCCAAGGCGCUGUUUACUGACAUAGAUUCAUAGCUUUCAACAAUAAUCAGUUCAUCUGUAGAUUUACUUGUAACUCUCCUCUUGUACAUAGUAAAUAGUGAAGUUCAACCAACCAACCUUGAAGAAGCUGUGUAUUUGCUUGGACUCUUUACUUGGUGUGAACUGAAUACUCUGUUUUACUAACAGCUUUUUCUUUCUAUUUUGUCCAAUUGGAAAAAGUCUCUUUCGAAUUGGGGCUCUCUCUCUCUCAAUCGUUUCAAUAGACCGUACUUCCACUUUUACUA